AUGAGCUGUGUCUUUCGACAGGCGGCGCUGCGCCUACCGCCCCUGGCUCGACCAACCCAGGGCGCCCUCUUCACCGCUCACCAUCUUCAUGGCACAAGGCGAUCCGCAGCGAUAGAGGGUAGACGUGCAUUUACAUCGGCGUUGGUUUUCCGGCGAGACGAAUCCACAAGAGCGAGCGAUGCAUCAUCAAGGACACAAAAUGGUGACAAGAGUCGGACCACGACUACCAAAAGCGCACAGCGCAAGGUCAACGACCGACCGUGGAUGCGCGAAAGCAGCCAUGCACUGCCAGAGGCAACCUCGGACGACCCUUCAAAGGGCGACAUGACCAAGGGCCGCGUGUUGACCACGCCAACGCGGCUGCUCAAGCUGAUUCUACCGAUGCCCUUCCACCCCGAUCAAGAAUACAUCAACGCCGACGAGCAGCAGAGACGCGAGUGGAGCAACGAAAACGUCGAACCGUUGGCGCUGCUGGUGCAUCCGCAGCAGCCGCUGUCGUACCUGGAGCGGCUGAUCCAGGCAGAGGUGCCACCGAUGCGGGUCGACGGGCGCGAGAAGCUGCCCGAGAUUGUGUUUCGCGCCGAGGCCGACUACGAUCAGGGGGAGAACAAGGCGGAGGCGAAACGCAAGGACCGGGACCAGCAGGGCAGCAACGUAGCGGCCUACUCGGGGCUCGGGCGAGAGGGCCCCAGCAAGGGCGGCGAGGCCAACUGGGUGCGGUGGAGCAGCAGCACCGAGGUUGGCGACUUCAUCCGAGACGCGGCGCGGGGGCGCGAGUUCGCCAUCGGCAUCGAGGGCCACGACAGGGAGCUGCGGGUGGCGGUGCCGAGCUUCCGGGACCGGACCUACUACAUGCGGAUGCGGCUGCGCAAGAUGUCGCGCGAGAUCGACGAGAUGGCCCGGGUCAAGCGCGACUGCGACGAGCUCGCGCACAAGGGCGCGCACCGGCUGGCCAAGGGCGGCUUCGCGGCGCUGGCGACGUGGUGGGGGGUCGUCUACUACGUCACCUUCCACACGGAGAUGGGCUGGGACCUCGUGGAGCCCGUCACGUACCUGGCGGGGCUGACGACCAUCAUGGGCGGCUACCUGUGGUUCCUCUUCAUCAGCCGCGACCUCAGCUACAAGGCGGCCAUGAACGUGACGGUGUCGCGGCGGCAGACGGCGCUGUACCAGGAGCGCGGCUUCGACCCGCAGAAGUGGGAGCAGAUUGUGCACGAGGCCAACCUGCUGCGGCGCGAGAUCCGCAUGGUGGCGACCGAGUACGACGUCGAGUGGGACGAGAUGCGGGACCUGGGCGGCGAGGAGGUCAAGGAGGCGCUCGAGGAGGAGGACGAGGGCAGGAAGAAGAAGUCGAAGCGGCAGCGAGAGCGGCAGGAGGAAGAGGAGGAGGAGGUGGAGGAGCACGAGCGGCACGAGCGGAAGGUGAGGGAGGACACGACGGUCAAGGAGCCGGCGGGGGCCAAGAAGUAA